AUGAUAUUGAAUAAAGAAAGAUAUUUUUCACAAGUAAAGAACCUUUUAGACAAUUCAAAACACUAUAUUCCCCAUCUUAGCCACCAAAAAUUGUUACUUUUCAAUGAUACAAUUUAUUAUUAUGAAUGUUUAGUAAAAGCCCAUAAUAACAAUUAUAAUAAUAAUAAUUUUUCAAUAACUCAAUCAUUGUUAACCAUAAAUAAUUUUUCGUACGAAUUAAAAAAAUAUGUUAAUACAAUAAUCAUUUUUUUAAAAUGCAAAAUAUUAAAAAGAGAUUACGUUAUUGACAUCCUAUCUAAAGUUUUUGGUAAUAAAUUUGCUAAAAUUCUUAUUGAUAGUAUAGAUAGAGUUCUCGGAAUAUCAAUCCAACCAAGAGUUACAAAAAAUUCUGCCUAUAAUAUGAUACAAAGAAAAACUAAUGAAAUCUGUGCCUUUUCACUUUCAAACAAAAUAGAUUGUGUGUCAGCCUUUUAUUUAAACUAUAAAAAUAAAUAA